AGUCAACUCAGACUAGUAAAGAUGUACAAGGCAGAGAUGGGUAGUCAACUAGUAAAGAUGUACAAGGCAGAGGUGGGUAGUCAACUAGUAAAGAUGUACAAGGCAGAGAUGGGUAGUCAACUAGUAAAGAUGUACAAGGCAGAGAUGGGUAGUCAACUAGUAAAGAUGUACAAGGCAGAGGUGGGUAGUCAACUCAGACUAGUAAAGAUGUACAAGGCAGAGAUGGGUAGUCAACUAGUAAAAAUGUACAAGGCAGAGGUGGGUAGUCAACUAGUAAAGAUGUACAAGGCAGAGAUGGGUAGUCAACUAGUAAAGUUGUACAAGGCAGAGAUGGGUAGUCAACUAAUAAAGAUGUACAAGGCAGAGAUGGGUAGUCAACUAGUAAAGAUGUACAAGGCAGAGAUGGGUAGUCAACUAGUAAAGAUGUACAAGGCAGAGGUGGGUAGUCAACUCAGACUAGUAAAGAUGUACAAGGCAGAGAUGGGUAGUCAACUCAGACUAGUAAAGAUGUACAAGGCAGAGAUGGGUAGUCAACUAAUAAAGAUGUACAAGGCAGAGAUGGGUAGUCAACUAGUAAAGAUGUACAAGGCAGAGAUGGGUAGUCAACUCAGACUAGUAAAGAUGUACAAGGCAGAGAUGGGUAGUCAACUAAUAAAGAUGUACAAGGCAGAGAUGGGUAGUCAACUAGUAAAGGUGUACAAGGCAGAGAUGGGUAGUCAACUCAGACUAGUAAAGAUGUACAAGGCAGAGAUGGGUAGUCAACUAGUAAAGAUGUACAAGGCAGAGGUGGGUAGUCAACUCAGACUAGUAAAGAUGUACAAGGCAGAGAUGGGUAGUCAACUAGUAAAGAUGUACAAGGCAGAGGUGGGUAGUCAACUAGUAAAGAUGUACAAGGCAGAGGUGGGUAGUCAACUAGUAAAGAUGUACAAGGCAGAGAUGGGUAGUCAACUAGUAAAGAUAUACAAGGCAGAGGUGGGUAGUCAACUAGUAAAGAUGUACAAGGCAGAGAUGGUUAGUCAACUCAGACUAGUAAAGAUGUACAAGGCAGAGAUGGGUAGUCAACUCAGACUAGUAAAGAUGUACAAGGCAGAGGUGCUUGCCAAGUUCCCCGUCAUUCAACACUUCAUGUUUGGCAGCUUAUUAACACUUCAACCUGUGACAUGAGGCCAGAUACAGUUGUCAUGGAAAUAGGAUGGUCAGCAUAGAAACAUGAAGCUCUUGCAAGCAAUCAGUGUUUGUGGCAUUCCAUGUAUCAUGGGUAGAUCAAUAUCAUCACUGUGAUCAACACAAGGGAUGUCCGGUCUCCAAAGAUCAGUAUGGAAUGGUUCAUGGUUGGUAGGAGUUACCUCCCUUCAACUGUAGUGACGUGAUCAGUGCAAACCUGAAGUGGAUCCAGUCAAAUAACAGACUCUAAACUAACAUAUUUUCUUGCUGUAAGUUUAUACAUUAUCAGAAAUAACUGCCUUCAUUUUGAUGUUAUCUGUUUGUAUUUUGAUAUCUUGAAUGUCAAUAACAUGUCAGCCAUGUAUUAAAAAAAUUGAAAUUAUCCUUGAAUUGAUGUGAUUACUAGAGGUUGGAAUGUUGUUUCUUUUCACAUUAAAAUGCUUCAGCUUGUUGUUUAAGAGUUUCAGGGCUACAUGCUUCUUGUAUUGAUACAGCUGGGGUGUCUCUCUGGCCACUGAUGCUGGACUGUAGCUGGUCACCCACUGACCAAGUAACAGUGUACUUUAGGCCGUUACAAAGUCAUUAUUGGAGAGUCAUUCCUGUCUCACUACCAAACCUCCCACCUCAUGGCGUGUCAAUGUCACUUCAUCCAUACAGAAAAUAGCAACAAGUAGCCCUUUCUUCCUUGAUGGAUGCAUUUCACCCUAUCUGCAGCUCCCACAAACAAGUUGCUUCAUGUGAUUUACAAACCUCCAGUUUGUUUAGAAAAAAAUGUAAAAAAUACAAUGCCUCCUCCAAGACAAUUUGGACAAAAAUCUGAUAAUUAGUUGAUUGUUGCCUUGUUAGGUUUAUUUUACUAAGCAAGAAAUAACGCCAACAACAUUCCCCAAGACACAUUUUCCCUUUACACUUUAUCCCACUUUUGAUGUCUGUAACUGUACAUCCGUACACUGAAAUACACCAACCCUGUACACCAGCCACAUUCCUGGUACAGAUUUAUUGGAAUACAUUUUGUCUGGCCUCAGAAGAAUGGUGUAUUUCCUCAGUUGAAAAAGUGCUUUUUAUUUACGUUUUUUAAUGGAUAAUCUUAUUUGAACACAAAUUAGGCAACUUUGUUUUCCUUUUGAGUACAUGGUUGUACAAGAGACAGAUAUCAAUUGCAAGUAAUGGUCGGAUGAUCACUGUAGCUUUGUACUUGGAGAAAACCCUGGUUACAUUAUUAAACUGUUUUAUUAUCUACCUCAUGGUUCAAUAGUUAAGCUAAGACCUGUUAUCCUCUGUUCCCUUCUCUCUAAUGCUGACAUUAAUUAUAAGCUAUAAUGCUGGUCUGCUGGGGGUUACAGUCACAUCACUGGAACCAACGGACAUCUUCAGAUCGUCAUCUGUACCACUCAUGAUAUAAAGAUUUUACACUAACACAGUGUUUGUUAUACACGAAGAGAUACAACACAUUUCAAAUAAAAUAUAUAGAUGUAU